AUGCUUCAUGGGCUCGCCGAACGAAUCCGACAGCUUCAGGAGCUCGAGCAAGAGCAGCUCGAGUGUGGGGAGCAGCCCGAGUGUUCGAAGUCCACGACGACUUGUAGAACCUAUGUGUGGGUCAUCGUCGAGUCUUGCAGAGAUUGCGCAACACAUGAUUCAACUCUACGUCACGAUGAGACGCAAUACCAGAAUCGCUUUGAGAAGCUCAAGAUCUUGGUCCUCGAACGCUUUCCACAGGGCGUUCGGGUGGAGUUGUUGGUGCCACUAGGGCCCAUCCCGGAAGAGAGGCAAGCAAAGGGCCCAAGUUUUCGUAUUGGCUCCUUUGAGGUUUACUUGUGCUGCGAUGAUCCCUUGAAGCCAUGGGGUGCCACUCCUUUGAAUCGCCAAGGCGACGGAUGCCUGGGCCUAUGCAUCUCAUCGAAGUUGAAAAGUAGAGCUUGGCCUUCAAUGGAUGCCGUGAUGAAACGCAUGGCCAUAUGCAUGCCAGAGGUUCCAGUACAGGUCACCGUGCAGAAUGCUCUGGAGUUUCCACUGCCAUUUGUUUCAGUCACCGUCCUCUCAGAUGGGAAGCAAGUGAGUAAGAGUCUCAGUGAUCAAGCAGGCUCUGUGAAGCUCUCUGUGCCGUUGUAUGCUCCGAUUGAGCUCAGGGCCGAGCGUGGCAAGUUCAUGGAGCCUCAAAGCAAGACGCUUCAAAUACUUGCUCCGGAGACUCACUUGACCUUCACGACGGAGACCUCUGUGCAACUCUGGCAACUGGAAACCGCCAAGGAGUUGGUGGUCUUUGGCCGCGACCCGCGCAUGGAUUUGGAGGAGGCGGUGUUGCCCAUCCCCAACUUGGUGCCCUUCCAAGGGAGCCUGGAAUACAGCAGUGGAGAAGCUGUGAGAGCUGACUUGGAUGGCUUCAUCCGAAGUGCCAAGCCGAGUCCCGACCAUGCGGAUCCCUUGGCGGAUGCGGACUUUGUGAGCUGUGCUGGUUGGCGAUCCUCUCCAUUAAAGAAGGGCGAGGUCCAUGGGACCGGGCGCUUGGUGGAGAUCGGACGGUUAGGAACGCCCAUCGUGGAGGUCUCCUUGGUCACCUGCUGUUGUUUGUGCCCCGUGCCCAACGCGCGGAUCUCCGUGAAUGGGGAACAUUUCGGCAUCACAGAUGUGGCACCUGUGAGCUGUGGGGUGCGGGUGGGAGAACAUUCACUGCUGGUAGAACAUAACUUGUUAUUUGCACCUGGUCUUUGUCUUCCCUUGAACAUCGCUGAUGCCACUACUUGCGGUGUCACAGUGGAGUUUCCUUUGGAUCGACUUCGCUUUGUGUGCACGGCGGCCCCUGGGACUCGCGCACCGGGGCGUGCAGAUCUGUGGUUGGUGGGAGGAGAUCUGGCGCAAUGGCGAUGUAGCCGUGGGGCGCCUCCCAUGGAUGCUGAGGAAGAUGAAUCCGCGGACUCCGCUGAAGAUCCACUCCUUCGGGUGCACUCCCCUUGUUGCAGUGCUGGAGCUGCAGGGGUCGCUGUGUCUUUGAAUGGGAAGGAAGUCGGAGUCAUCAGUGAUCAUGGCGAAUUGAAGCUACCCAUGGGUGAGGGUGGGUUGUCCUAUCGGGGUCCCUGCAUGGUGAGGAUUGAAGGUGUUCCUCCUUGUCUUCUUCCUGGGAGCACCAACGAAUAUGUCGCUCACUUCCAGCUGACCCGGCAGAUGGAUUUGGAACUCACCUGCUUGUUGUGGAUCUAUUGGUGGCGCCCUGAGCCGGAGGAGGAAGGAGAAGAGGAAGAUGCCAUGGUCUUUGUUUGCGCCAACGUGGAGCAGAUCCCAGAUGAAGCCAAACCUGUGGUUGGUCGCCUUUGUUGUUUGGACGCCGAGGAACCGGAAAUGAUUUUGGAUGGCCAAUCGGUGGGUCCAAUUCUGCUGAGACGUUCCAGGUUGUCACAGAAGUGCGAGAGCGCACCUUGCUUAGUUUCUCAGGUCACCUUAGAUGUGGCACCUCCUGCAUCAUUGGGACCAGGUGUCAGAUUCGUCCCACGAGGGCCGCCGUCGCCCUUGCAGCUGCGCUACGAGGAGUUGGGCGGCUGCGAGCUCCAGCGGCUCAUGUGUUCACCGGUGGUGCUGGGGGAUUUGAAGCGACGCCGUUCGGAGAGCGAGACGGAGCCAACCUACGAGGAUGUCUUUGAGACGGAUUCGCAGGAGCAUUACUCCGAGCCAGCAGCCUCCAUGAGCCAUGAUUGA